AUGUCACUCCUCGAUGACCCUCUAAACCUCAACCAAUAUAAAACAACUAUUUCCGAACCAAAAAAGAACUGGGUCCCAUACUCUUUCAAUGACGAGAAGGAAAAGCUCACGGAAUUUUACAAGGAGCAAAAUGAAAUGAUCGAGGGUUUCCUCUCUGCCGGUGAGGAAGAGCGCCUCAAAGCCGAAGACGAAGCCCAAAACGGCGGCAAAGUAAAGCUCGCCGUGCGCGCCAGCUUCACAGUUAACUUCUUCCUAUUCGUGAUCCAGCUCUACGCAGCCGUGUCAACAGGCUCUCUAGCCCUCUUCGCCACAGCCGCAGACGCCUUCAUGGAUCUCGUCUCGUCCAUUGUCAUGCUAGUCACGUCGCGCAUGUCCUCGCGCCCAAAACCAUACAAGUACCCCGUUGGACGGCGCCGCGUCGAAACAAUGGGAGUGAUCAUGUUCUGCCCUUGCGGGGGCAAGACUGAGUCCGAGCAACUGGAUAUUGUGCCGCUGGUUUGUGUGGGCGUUGCUAUCUUCUCCAAGUUCGUUAUGUUCUUGUACUGCUAUGGCUUGCGUCGGUACCCGGCUGCUCAUGUCUUUUACAUUGACCACCGCAAUGAUCUGGCUGUUAAUGGGUUUGGAUUGAUUAUGUCGAUUGUGGGUGAUCGAUUUGUUUGGUAUCUUGAUCCUGUGGGCGCGUGCUGCAUUGCGCUGCUCAUUUUGUUCUCGUGGGCUUCGACUGCGUUUGAGAAUAUGUGGUUGAUUGUGGGCAAAUGUGCCCCCCGUGAAUUUGUGAAUAAGUGCAUCUAUGUGACACUGACUCACGAUCAGAGGAUUCAGAAGGUGGAUACGUGUCGCGCAUAUCAUUCUGGACAGCAACUCUAUGUUGAGGUCGAUAUUGUCAUGGACCCUGAGACCAAGCUUCGGGAGUCUCACGAUGUAAGCCAAGCGCUGCAGCGCAAAUUGGAAGGUCUCGCGGAUGUCGAGCGAGCGUUUGUGCAUGUCGAUUACGAUUAUCUGCAUGAUGUCAAUGAGGAACACAGACCGCUCUAUGAAAUGGGUGGAGCGAAACACUCCAUCAGAGCUUUGGUGAAGCGAUUAUGGUCUAAAAACAAGGAGCCGACAGACGGGACUGCUGUGUGA